AUGACUGGAACAACAACACCUUUGUCGGCCUCAAGCAUGAGUAAAGACAUCGAAAGCCACCCAAUACAUUCCGCAAAUGCCGACGAAUCCCCUCCUCGCCGAGGAGAAGGCAGUUUCCCUGAACCCACCAACGACGAAAAAGGACUCGGAGACGCAGAGGAUUCCGGGAGUAGCGAGGAAGAUGUUCGAAAGAUCACUGGAUACCGUUGGUUUCUGAUUUGUGCUGCUUUGUAUUUGUCGGCCCUGAUGUAUGGACUUGAUACGACUAUUGCUGCAGAUGUCCAGGGUGCAGUGAUUCAGAGAUUCCACGAGGUCGAUCAGCUCGCCUGGAUUGGGGCUGGUUUUCCUCUAGGAUCCGUUGCCGUUAUUCUUCCAUACGGCUUCCUCUUCACCACGUUCAAUAUGAAGUUACUCUACAUUGCUGGAAUUGUGUUGUUCCAAGGUGGCUCCGCCCUCUGCGGUGGAGCCCCAAACAUGGGUGCCCUGAUCGUCGGACGUGUGAUUGCUGGCGCGGGAGGAACAGGGAUAUAUUUGGGCGGCCUCAAUCACUUCUCUGCAAUGACGACUAGGAAGGAACGCGGUUUAUAUCUUGCCGGUACCGGCUUUGUCUGGGGACUGGGGGCUAUCCUGGGCCCAGUAGUUGGCGGGGGUUUCUCUGAUUCUUCUGCAACCUGGAGAUGGGGAUUCUAUAUCAACCUGAUUAUCGGUGCUAUAACAGCCCCUGUUUACCUGUUUUAUCUCCCAGCAAUUCAUCCAGCUCCAGGAAGGUCCCUCAAAGACCGACUGCUUAGUUUGGAUUAUGUUGGCUUUGUCCUCAGUGCCGGAAUGUGGGCGACCAUUGCUAUAGGAUUCCUCUUUGCUGGUGGGAUUUGGAAGUGGGGGGAUAGACGUACCAUCGCAAUGAUCGUGGUUUGGGCAGUGCUUCUUGCUCUUUACGCCAUACAGCAGGGCUUUUGUAUAUUCACAACCCCCGAACGCAGAUCGUUCCCUGGACACUUGCUGAGGUCUCGGACUCAGGUCCUGUUCUACAUCACAACAACCUGUGCCAAUACUUGCAUGUUCUUCACGACUUUCUACAUCCCCAUCUACUUCCAAUUCACUCGAAAUGACACAUCGUUGAUGGCCGCCGUUCGACUGCUUCCAUAUCUGCUUUUCACCAUCACGUUCAAUCUGGCUUCAGGUUGGGCACUCCCUAAGAUCAAGUAUUAUAUGCCAAUUUGCUUGAUCUCUGGGAUCUUGAUGACCGUGGCGGGUGCAUUAUUUGUGGUUUAUCUCUCUUCAUCGACACCCGCCGCCCAAAUUUACGGGUUUAGUAUUCUUAUGGGAGUCGGGACGGGCAUGACCAUGCAGCUAGGGUACUCCGUGGGCAGCCUAAAAGUGAAACCCAGUGAUAUCCUCAGCGCCAUCAACCUGCAGAAUGUCGCGCAAAUUGGAGCUACUGUUAUUUGCCUCGUGAUUGCUAGCCAGGCAUUCCAGUCUAAUGCAGUGAGGAACCUGAACCAUGUUUUGAACGGCCAGGGAUUUAGCCAGGCAGAGAUACACAAUGCUGUCGCAGGGGCCCAGAGCACACUGUUCGAAAAGCUGAAUGGUGACCUUCGAACUGAAGCCAUUGAUGCAAUUACAUCGGCGAUGGCACGGGCGUUUAUUGUUCCACUUGUGGCUGGGGUAGUGUCUGUUAUCACCUCCGUGAUGAUGAGCAGGGAAAGACUUUUUGGGUAA